AUGGCCUGGAGGUCCAAAAGGUGGUCAUGCUAGGCUAGUCUGGGGCUGUGGACAAGACUUUCUUGGUUUAGACUGUCCCUUUCGUGUAUAUCUCCCCAGGCUAAAUAAUGAUAAUCAACCUAAAGCUCGAUCAUCAUUCUCUGUAGAAAUUAUACCUCCAAUCUGCGUCGACCCUUCCGUUUAUAGACUAGCGCCUUUUCCCUGAUAAGCUCUUCUUAUCGCAGUCCAAUUUUUUAAUCGAAACUUUUGACAGGUUUUUGAUCCAAAGACCACCAACGACCACGUCGCAGUCUCCCCAUUCACCACACAGCAGCAACAGUUACCAAAGUGGGCACAGGCCCAGUUCAGCAUGCCAAAACUGAAGAUUGAGGACGCGGGUCUAGCUAGCGGAGAGCAAGCCUUGCGAGAAACCAGCCCAGCGUCGAGAAAGAGUCGAAAGGAAAGCAAAAAGACUAUGGAAGAGCAGCUUGUAGAAAUCACCCAAAGCCCUGUCGAAGACGGUGAGGUCGGGUCAAGGGCUGCCCGCAAGGAGCGGAAACGUCUGAAGAAAUUGAAGAAGCUGCAAGACGAGACUGUUAUGGAUUCCGAGAGCUCCAAAAAUGGCUCAGGCCAGGUCGAUGCUACCACUGCGAAGGCUGCCAGAAAGGCAGAAAAGGCCAGAUUAAAGGCUUCGAAGAGAUCGGACAAAGAAGGACAUACCAAUGGAGAUACUACUUUGCAGACCCGUCCUCUAUCCACAGCGAUGAAAGCGACUUCACUGCCAUAUACCCAGGAUCCUGGCCUGUCUGCCAUCCCACAAGCGGAUAUCGAUCAGUUUCUGGCAGAUAACUUCAUUUCCAUAACGGAUCCUUUACCUUCAUCUUCGGCGUUACGCCCUUUGACCGAAUUCUCGUACUUGCCAGUCACUGAUCCUGCACAACGAGCUCCAUUCAAAACAUUCAAAGCCCCUACUCCAAUACAGGCUGCGGCUUGGCCAUUUCUUUUUGCGGGCAGGGAUGUAAUUGGUGUUGCUGAGACUGGCUCGGGGAAAACCAUGGCCUUUGCGGUUCCUUGUGUACGCGGCAUCCUGUCACUGCCAGAGAGUCAGAGAAAUAAUGGGCCAAGGGCUGUCAUCGUUUCACCAACUCGUGAGCUGGCCAUGCAGAGCUAUGAGCAGAUCAUGCAAUUAGCAAAAGUCUCUGGGUUGAGAGCUGUCUGUGUUUAUGGUGGCGUCCCCAAAGAUGAGCAGCGAAAAUCCCUGAAGACAGCAGAUAUUGUGGUUGCAACUCCAGGUCGCUUGAAUGAUCUCAUCAAUGAGGGCUGUGCGGAUCUAAGUAAAGCAAAAUACGUCGUUCUCGAUGAAGCUGAUAGAAUGCUUGACAAAGGAUUUGAAGAGGAGAUCCGCAAGAUCAUUAACACCACUCCGGCUAUUGGGGAAAGACAAACGCUCAUGUUUACAGCAACAUGGCCCGAGUCCGUUCGCUCACUGGCUUCCACUUUCAUGUCUGACCCUGUCAAAAUUAGCAUUGGAGACAACCCCUCUGGCGAUCUACGGGCGAAUGCUCGCAUUAUGCAACAAGUGGAGGUCGUUGAUCCGAGAAAUAAGGAAUACCGCCUUCUGCAGCUUCUCAAGCAGUACCAGAGCGGAAGUCAGAAGGAUGACCGAAUUCUGGUCUUCGCCCUGUAUAAGAAGGAGGCGACGAGGAUUGAGGGGUUCAUCAGAUCAAAAGGGUUCCGUGUUGCGGGUAUUCAUGGCGAUCUUAGCCAGGAACAGAGAACUCGAAGCCUGGAUGCCUUCAAGCAGGGCAACACGCCAAUACUUGUGGCAACAGAUGUUGCAGCCAGAGGUCUAGACAUCCCGUCUGUGAAGCUGGUAAUUAACUGCACUUUUCCUCUCACAACAGAAGACUACGUCCAUCGAAUUGGCAGAACAGGAAGAGCUGGGAAGGAGGGUCUGGCAAUUACUCUAUUUACUGAGCAUGACAAGGCUCAGUCUGGAGCGUUGAUCAACGUCCUUAAAGCUGCAAAUCAGCCGGUCCCGGAUGAACUAUUGAAAUUUGGCACUACAGUCAAGCGGAAGGAGCAUGAAGCGUAUGGUGCAUUCGCUAGGGACGUGGAUAGAACAGUAACAGCUAAAAAGAUCAGAUUUGAAUAGAUUUCUUUUAUAGACGAUGGCGCGGCGCUGACCCCCUAGUGAAAAGCGGUGCCAUUGUUGAUGACCACUAAAGAAUUAUAAUC